GGGUUGAAUCUGUUUGUCAUGUUCAUCCACCACGAUGUGUUGGCGCUUCAUCUUGACAAAUCAAGAGUAUACCUUUUUCAUGAGGUUGAAACAGACUUUGGUUAUAACUUUUCCGAUAAUAAAUCAUCGUUGACUAUAUCUCCAUCUAGUGAGAAAGCAAACAAUGUUGAGGGGAAAUUUGAUUCAUCCUCAAACUUUACCAAACUUCCUCUUGAAAACCAUACAAUUAAUUUUGUACCCCAUCAUCCCAUUGGUGAAAUACAAUUCAAAGCAGAUGAAAACACCUCAGUUGCAACGUCAAUCAAGCAGUUCACUACACCAAAGUUUGAAGAUGUGAUGGAUCCGCAGUUUGUAGAAAGUGAGAUGACCAGAUAUUUCUUCCUAAGAGCGAUUUCAAAUCUGAUAGAGCAUAUCAUGUCAGCUCUAUUUGCUGUGGAAGAUCUGCAGCAAGUAACUGAAUCACCAUUCUUUGAUUAUGACUUGUCACCUUCACACAACCUGAGUAAGAGAGAUGCUGAUCCUGAGAGCAUGUUGAAGAUAAAUAAUGAAGAUCUGAAUGCGAACCAUACAUUAGAGCUUAAAAAUGCUGAUACAAAUACUUCAAGCGUUGAAAACAACAUUAACGAUAGUAACUCAGACAGUUCUCACUUUACAGGUGGAAAAAAUAGUUUAAACACACUGAUUUCAUUAAGUUUUGCAAACAAAUCAAACCUCAUGAGCAUCAACGAAACACUCUCUCAGAACUUGACUUAUCCUCAAAACAUUUUCACGAAUCUCAGCAAUGAUGAUACAGAAGUAAACUCAACUAAGGGAAAAGAAAAUAAUGAAAAUCUGACUAAAAUAGUAAAAAGUGACAAUUUUAAAGUCCUGUCAGAUGGAUCUGGUCCAAACAAAAUGGAAUUACUGACAAAUCAAGCUGAAAAACCAAAAUCUAUUGAUGCAGGUGUGCAACCGUUUCACUACAGAGAUGGAAGCCUGCUGUUAAAUGAUGAAGUGGAGAAUAAGAAGGAUUCACAAUUCUAUGGUGAAGUUUUUCCUGUUGAGGACCACGAUGAAUUCAAUGAACACUUAAAAGAUGAUGACCACAACAAUAAUACAAGUUUAUUGGCAACAGCUUUGAUAUGUACAACAGUAUUUCUUUUGCUUCUUCUUGGAGUUUUGGCCUUGGCAGGAGGUUAUCUUUAUCGCAGACAUCAGCCUGACUCUGGGAACCAAAGUGCAUCAAAUUCCCAAUCUGUUGUCGCAUAAAACUCAAUAGUCAUUUUCACUCAGAACAACGUAACUUAGUUUGAAAUUUAUUUUGCUUUAGACAAUUUUGUUUGCCACAUUUGCAUGGAUUGUAAGGCGAUUAUUUUGUUUUAUAUGGUUGUAAUCAGUAACUUAAGUUAUGUAGAAAUCAAAAUUUUUGUAAAAGUGCUGCAGAAGAACUUGCUUUGUGUGAUUGUUAGAAUCAAUAAUAAAAUGAAUUAAUGAUUUUUUUCUAGAA